AUGAUAGCCCCUUCAGUUACAACAGUCAUUCCAGCAACCUUUUCUUCAAAUAAUGGCGGGGCUUUCUUUUUACAUGGAGACCUUUUAGCCCAAAAUCAUAUUGGAACAGAAAUAGAAAAUAAUUUUGAAGAAAAUAUUGAAAAAGAAGGAAAAGAAGGGGAAGAAGGGGAAAUAAAUAAUAAUCGAGAACAACAAUUACAUCGACGUUGUGCUCUUAUUCCUGACGAGAAGGGAAUGUUGGGGGGAGAAUCGGAUAGGGAGGAUGACGAAAAUGAAGAGGAAAACUUUGAAAAUGAAGAAAAUAAUUAUGGAGAAUAUAGGGAAGGGUCUAGUGGUAAUGGAUGUUGUAAUAAUGUUAUUAUUGUACCUCAUGUACAUGUAACGACAGAUGAUAAUUUUAAUAAUAAUGGAAAGAGGAGGAGAAGUGAAAGGCAACAAUCCCCACAAUUACAUUAUUUUAAUAGAGCGGUAACUGCAAAUGGAACUGGACUUUUAGCUGAUUUGCAACGUGCAACACUUGCUGCCCCUCAUUUCUACACAGAAAAUGCCGGAAAUGAGUGCCGUCCAAAAAGAUCCUCUUGGAUAUUACGAAGAUUGUACGAAUGGUCACAUCGUGCAAAAUCUCGAGAAAUGGUUAAACAUGUGCAUGCAGCUUUAGGGGCUACUUCGAAUGAUAAUUCUGGUUCUGUAUCCCCAUCACCCCAUCAUUCAACUGGCACAGACAGUGAAAGUGGGGAGGGAGGGAGUAGUGAAUCUGAGACGUAUUUUGAAAAUUUAAUGAGAGAUAAACGGCGUUUAAAGGCUGUUUGGGAAUUAUUUCACAGUGAAUUAAUUUUUUUAACAAGGCAAUUGUUGGUUUUGAGAAAUGUUUAUAAAGAACCUUUAAAAAGAUGUCAAGUAGAAGGUUGCCUUUUAAGUGUAGAGCCUGAUCUUCUUUUUGGAAAUUUGGAACAAUUAAUUAGAGUAAGGAGGAGAAGAGAGAGGGGGGGGGGUCAUACGACACUUGCAGAUAUGACAUUUGCAGACCCGACAUUUGCAGACGACUUUUGCAGAUCGACAUUUGCAGAUAACGACACUUGCAGAUAUGACACUUGCAGAUCAGACAUUUGCAGAUCCGACUUUUGCAGAUAUUAA